GGACUCCGGACGGAGGCGUCUGUCUGGAUCCCAAACUCGCUCCUCCUGUUGGCAGCUUCAGCGGGCUUCGCCUUUUCCAGCCAGGCUCGGACACGUCGCCCGAGCCGGAGACUUUGUGUUGGUCUCCGCCGCGGCACUUUUCUCCCGGGACUCCGGGGAUUCUCGGGUAGGGGUUAGGGAAGAGACUCUCCCUUUCCCCUACGCCGGGGUCUCCCCGCCCGAGCGCGACUGUCCUGCGCUGGGAAAGGCCCUCGCUCCCGGACGCCUAAGUCUCCCCGCCGGAGCCAAGUCCCUCUGGCCCCACGUCCGGGACGCUUGGCUUUCUCCGCCGUGGCUCGUCUCCCCGAUUUAGGGCUCUCCAUCGUCCUCGACUCUCGGACGCCCGAGCCUUCCCAGAUCCGGGGAGCCCUCGGGGUGUCCCCGCUGGGGAGGGGCGAUUUUCCAGCCCUAGCCGCUUCCACCCCACCCCCCAGUCGGGACUUUCCGGGGCCGAGGAGCCCCAGCUCCCGGACGCGCCUGGGUUUGCCCUCCAUCGGGAGGCCGGAGCCGCGAGGGCCUGGGGAGAGAUGCAGCGGGGGGCGCUCCUGGCCCUGGCCCUGCUGGUGUACGCGGGCUACCUGCUGCUGGGCGCCCUCCUGGUGUCGGCGAUCGAGCGGCCCCACGAGAGCCGGCUGCGCGCCGAGCUGCGGGCGCUGAAGGGAGAGCUCCUGGAGCGCAGCCCCUGCCUGGACGACACGACGCUGGAGAGCUUCCUGGCGCGGGUGCUGGAGGCCGGCCGCCACGGGGUGUCGGCGCUGCGCAACGCCUCGGCGCCCUCCAGCUGGGACUUCGCCUCGGCGCUCUUCUUCGCCAGCACGCUCAUCAGCACCGUGGGUUACGGCUAUACCACCCCUCUGUCGGAUUCGGGCAAGGCUUUCUCCAUCUUCUUUGCCUUGCUCGGGGUGCCGUUUACCAUGCUGGUGCUGACUGCCACGGCCCAGCGUGUGGCCUUGCUGGUGACCCACACGCCACUGCGCUGGCUGCAGUUACGUCAAGGCUGGGACCGAAGGCUGCUGGCCCGCUGGCACCUGGUAUUGUUGAUGCUAGGGGUGCUGGCCAUCUUCUUCCUGUUGCCAGCCGCCAUCUUUACCUACUUGGAGCAGGCCUGGACUUUCCUUGAUGCCUUCUACUUCUGCUUCAUCUCCCUUUCCACCAUUGGGCUGGGAGACUAUGUGCCUGGAGAACAAGAAGGUCAGAAGAACAGGGCCCUCUACAAGGUUCUGGUCACAGUGUACCUGUUCCUGGGACUGGUGGCCAUGGCUCUACUUCUCCAGACCUUCCGGCGCGUGGCUGACCUCCAUGGAUUGACUGAGCUUGUUCUGCUGCCCCAGGAGUGCCAGGCCGAGAACGAGGAGGAGGAACAAGCAGAUAUCCUGGAUUCUAGAGUUCAUUCCAUUCGCCAGCAACUCAACUCUGGCAUCCACUCAGACUAUGCUUCCAUCCCCCGGUAGCCCCCAUCCCGUUCCCCUUGCCCAGGCCUUUUCCUUAGGGGCAGGGAUGGACUUUGGACAAGAUUGAACCCCAUUUGAUCCUUGUUGUGACUGUUCCAUGUCUAAUUCCUAAGCCCUGCUGUUCCUUAGCAUGGGAUAAUAUUACAAGUGUUUUAAAAGAGUCCCCCAUCUCAUUCGAUGCCAGCUGUGCCUAAGUGUGAUGGGGGUGGGGGAGAGGGGGAAGGCUGGAAGAAGAGGGCAUAGGUUGGGAAGGGAAGUCCCUGGCUGGGUCCCAAUUCCCACACUCACAAGAGUCCUUCAAGCUUCAGAGAUUCAUCUUGGGGUGAAGAGAUAAAUGCCCCAGGUUUACAAGACUCACAAUAUGAGUAACUGGGAGGAGGAAGGCAAGGUCCUUUCAGGAAGAGAGAAAUUGGAAUUUCUGAAUUGUCACUUUCUCUACUCUGUUUUCCCUUCUGUACAAUGAAGAAGUUGAACUA